UGUACCGCACUGUUGUAGUUUUGCAGCCACGUCGCAGAGAGAGGCAGCAUCGCUUUUACAAACCUCCUUCUCUUCUCUGUAAACGCCUAACUGGACCGACAACACGUUCAUCUCCUCGCGCUGCGUUUGUUUACAACUCUUUUUAUUUUUAAGUGUUAACUUAAUCGUAACAGAUAAGUUAAGAGCAGUUUACGGCUGUGGUCAUGGAGCCAGAGGACAAACAAGGACCUGCAGCAGAACAUAUGACAGAUGAGGAAGAGAAUGAGAAAGCAACAUUGGAGAGGAAGGAGGAUGGAGAGGAAUCCCGCAAAGCAGGGAGACCGCCAAUGUCCCGCAUCCCUACCUUUCAAAGCUCAGUGGGCCGCAAGCGAGUCACCAUCCAGAAUGCAGAGUCAUCGCCGAAGACAGAUGGGUCCAGCCAGCCAAGCCAAAAAGAGAGAGCUGGCUUCACAGAGGCUGGAAGAGUGAAAAUGUCAGUAUCCGCAGGGAGAGAAACAGCACUGCCCAUUCCAUCAGCUCGUUUAAAUACAAACCCUGCUGAUGAUCUCUCUCAAACUGAUAUCUUGGAUCACACCCCCACUCUUUUAGCUCAUGAAAAAGAUCAAUGCCUUGAUCAAAAGUCUGAGAUUACAAAGGACUCUGAUCAGGGUGAUGUUUCACUUCAACGACCCCCACUCAGGAUUACAUGUGAGACGUCUGGUCAUGUCAUAGAGCCCGUUUCUGAAUUUGAAACUCAAAAUGGAGAGGCUGUCUCAGAAGAUGAGCACAUAUCAGCCCAUGAGGCUGUUGUAGAGGAUUUGAGUUCCUGUUCCUCUGCUGAGCAAGAGGCCUCUGGUCAAGAUGAUGAAGAUACUUUGAGAGAAGACAUUAAAAAAGAAACUGUGUCUCAGCCAUGUCGGACAGAAGGAAAUCUAGUCACAGAGAAUAAUAGGAAACAGUGCUUUAUUCCAAAGAAGGAGGAUGCAUCCAUAAUUAGUGGUCAAGACGAGACUGCCAAGAUAGAGAAGCCUGCAGACAGUAAAAAAUGUUUUAAAGAAACAGAACAGCAAAUUAAACCAACCAAAUCUACUCUCAUAAAACACACAGAAGCCCAAACAUUUACACCCUCAAAGACAAAAGGAAGGAGCUUUGCAUGUUUCUGGCUCUUGCCAUCUGUUCUCCUUCUUUUGGGUGGAUUUGCGUUACAUAUCUGGCAGUAUGGAGUGCCUAAAUCCGUGUCACAACUGAUGUCACAAGUGGAGCUCCAUUGGUUGGAAAGUUUCUGGAUGCCUCAAGAGACAUGCAGAUCUGACUGCAGGCUUACUCUUGUUGAGAGCGUCCCCGAGGGCCUCAACUUCCCCUCCGGCUCGCCACACCUGCCAAGCAUUUCAGAGAGUUGGAUUAAUUUACUAAACAAAGCAAACAGCUCUGUCCACAUUGCUGCUUUCUAUUUCACACUUCGGGAUUCAGACCUGGGGCUUACAGAGCCCUCGUCUUUGCUGGGAAAAAGAGUUUUCAAUCAACUGAAGCAGCUUGAACCAAAAGGAGUGAAGCUAAAGAUUGCUGUAAAUGCACCUCAGCCAUACAUUGCAGACACAGAUGAACUGGUAGCAACAGGGGCUGAGGUCAGGGGAGUUGACCUACAGAGCAUCACUGGAGGCAUUUUGCACACUAAACUAUGGGUUGUGGAUAAGAAACACGUAUAUUUAGGAAGUGCAAACAUGGACUGGCGUUCUCUUACCCAGGUGAAAGAGGUUGGAGUGGCUUUGGAGGACUGCAGCUGUCUAGCGCAGGAUGCUUCACGAAUUUUUGACGUUUACUGGGACAUUGGAGCUCAGAAGAAUGGAUCUCUACCUCCUUUCUGGCCGGGCCGUUUCUCCGCUCUCUCCAGUUCUAAGUACCCAUUAGCUGUUAAAUUCAACGGUGUCCCUGCACGUGUCUAUUUGUCUAGUUCGCCUCCUCCUUUAUCAUCAUAUGGGCGUUCUGAUGACCUGUCCACCAUCCUGUCAGUAAUUUCUGAUGCUGAACGGCUCAUUUAUGUGUCAGUGAUGGACUACCUUCCCAUGUCCCAGUUCACAGACCCCAUUCGGUUUUGGCCUGUCAUUGACUCGGCCCUCCGUGAGGCUGCUUGUACCAGAGGUGUUGAGGUCAAGCUGUUGGUCAGUUGCUGGAAUCAGUCUCCUGGUGCCAUGUUUGUCUUCCUCCAGUCUUUAUCUGUCCUCAAUACGCCACCUCUGAACUGCAACAUUCAUAUUAAAGUCUUUGAAGUGCCCUCAACACGAGAGCAGCAGAGGAUUCCGUUUGCUCGCGUCAACCACGCCAAGUACAUGGUGACUGAUCGAGUUGUUUACAUCGGAACGUCCAACUGGUCUGAGAAUUACUUCACCCAGACGGCAGGGGUUGGGCUGGUUGUGAAUCAGACAGGUUCUGCAGUCGGGCAGGGCCAGCAGACUGUUCAGACGCAGCUGCGGGAGAUUUUCCAGCGGGACUGGCAUUCAGAAUAUGCCCAAAGCCUCAGUGAUGUUCACGCAGAGCAUUGUAGCGGAAAAAAGCUUACAUAAUGCACCGUGCUCUUUUAUUUGUUAUGUUGCUAUGCACUAUGAUAAAAAAACAACAUCAACAACAUCAGAAACCAAAAACUCUUCCCUGCGGCAUUUCUGCCUACUGAUAACUUAUUAAUGCUGUGUGUAUUUGCAAGAAGGAUGCUGCGCAUUUUUAAUGUUUGUUAUAAAUAUGGCAUACAUUUUGUUUAGUUUCCUCUUUGAUUGUAUAUUUGAAUUAUGUGACAUUUGCCAGGAUAAGGACAAGAUCCUUGAGCAAGCACUGAUCUGAUGUUGAAACAUGCAUGUAUAUGAAAUAUUGUUAUAAUAGGUGCCUUGGCUGGAAAGUUU